AUGAAUAAAAAGGAUGCACUCAGAUCCUCAGUGGAUAUUUGUGAUUUGAUUCUGAAUUAUGUCAAAGACUUUCCGAUACCGAAGGAAGUGAAAUCCCGGUGUAAUGUGGACAAUUUAAAAUCCACCGAUAUGGACUUUAGUCGUCUACAAAUUAUCAACAAGGAAACAACUCAUCUACCGAGCACGGCCGGAUCUGCCGCGGGUUUGGCAAACGGUUUGCCCGAGUCCGGACACAGUCCCAGUCGGUCGUUUGGGGGAAUGAAACAGAAAAUGAACAGCCACGUCCUUUUCUCCUCGGUGUUCACAAACAGGACUAGCGAAACUCAGACAAAUCAUCUGCGCACGGAACGUCGUACGAGUGCCACAUGUCGGAUCAGUAUGCAAAAAUCGGUUUGUAAAGAAGGCUCCCUCACUUUACAAAUCGGCCCGCCCGGUCCUGUAAUACAGGCCAAUGGAGGAUUUCGUCGUGAAGUUCAAAUGUCUCGUGAGCAUGAGAAAGUGUUUGAAGAGGAACUGGUCUGGUCGGUUGACACAGAAGUCAUUGUUCCACCAGGGAGUCGAACCACUGCCGAACUGGUAAUCACCGAAGAUGAAUACGAUGGGAAAUUUCGUGUGGAAACUAUUUUCUCCGGGUCUAUCACAGUGCGUCUACGUGACAAACGAGAUGGUAGUGAAAUUUACGUCAUCAGACUGAACGAUUUGACCCGCGUGUUUACCGCGGAGUACGGAUUUCAACCGGUGACCGGUCAACCCGGUUCCGUGUGCUUCAUCAACGAGGGCCAAUGCCACUGUCAUUUCGGAAUUGGACAACAAGUGAUGUUGCAUCAGGAGAAAAUUUAA